AUGGCAGAAGAUCUUGCUCUGCUUGGCACCGCUUGGGUGACAGACGAGACGGAGAGCUCCCUCGACGUGGAAUGGGAGAACCCCCAGACCGAGGUGGACUACUACAAGCUGCGGUACGGCCCCCUGACAGGGCAGGAGGUAGCCGAGGUCACCGUGCCCAAGAGCAGUGACCCCAAGAGCCGAUAUGACAUCACCGUGGUCGCCCCCCAGGGCCUACAGCUGCUCAAGAGCACAGAGAGCUCCCUGCUGGUGAGCUGGGAGCCCUCUGGCGAGGUGGACCACUACCUGCUCAGCUACUACCCGCUGGGGCAGGAGCUGUCUGGGCAGCAGACCCAGGUGCCCAGGGAGCAGCACACCUACGAGAUCCUCGGUUUGCUGCCUGGAACCAAGUACAUAGUCACCCUGCACAACGUGAAGAAAGGGGUUUCCAGCAGCCCACAGCAUCUGCUCGCCACCACAGUAAAUGGCUUCUCUAAUUUUUUUCUCAUAUAUUUUUAUGAAGAAAUUGAUAGCCCCACCAAGGUGGUCACUGAUCGAGUGACAGAAGACACGGCAGUGGUGUCCUGGGACCCUGUCCAGGCUGUCAUAGACAAGUACGUGGUGCGCUACACCUCCGCUGAUGGGGAGACCAAGGACAUGGCAGUGCCCAGGGAGCAGAGCAGCACCGUCCUGACGGGCCUGAAGCCGGGAGAGGCGUACAGAGUCUACGUGUGGGCCGAGAGGGGCCACCAGGAGAGCAAGAAGGCGGGCACCAAGGCCCUCACAGAAAUUGACAGCCCAAUGAACGUGGUGACCGACCGGGUGACAGAGACCACAGCCACCAUCUCCUGGGACCCAGUGCAGGCCGUGAUUGACAGGUACAUGGUGCGAUACACCUCCCCCGAUGGGGACACCAGGGAGGUUCCUGUGAAAAAGGAGCAGAACAGCACCAUCCUGACGGGCCUGAGGCCGGGCAUGGAGUACACGGUCCACGUGUGGGCCGAGAAGGGGGACCGGGAGAGCAGGAAGGCCGACACCAAGGCCCCAACAGAAAUUGACAGCCCCAGAAACCUGGUGACUGACCGGGUGACAGAGACCACGGCCACCAUCUCCUGGGACCUGGUGCAGGCCGUGAUUGACAGGUACAUGGUGCGCUACACCUCCCCCGAUGGGGACACCAGGGAGGUUCCUGUGGAAAAGGAGCAGAACAGCACCGUCCUGACGGGCCUGAGGCCGGGCGUGGAGUACACGGUCCACGUGUGGGCCGAGAAGGGGGACCGGGAGAGCAGGAAGGCCGACACCANCUGUGUUUCCCCAAAAAUGAGACCUAGCCGGAGAAGAAGCCUUGAAAAACAUUUGGGCUGUAAGUACAUUGGGACNAGGCCGGGCGUGGAGUACACGGUCCACGUGUGGGCCGAGAAGGGGGACCGGGAGAGCAGGAAGGCCGACACCAAGGCCCCGACAGACAUUGACAGCCCCCAAAACCUGGUGACCGACCAGGUGACGGAGACCACGGCCACUGUCUCCUGGGACCCGGUGCAGGCCGUGAUUGACAGGUACAUGCUGGAGCCCGCACACCGCCCAGCUCUGCCUGACAUUGACAGUCCCCAAAACCUGGUGACCGACCAGGUGACGGAGACCACGGCCACUGUCUCCUGGGACCCGGUGCAGGCCGUGAUUGACAGGUACAUGGUGCGCUACACCUCCCCCGACGGAGACACCAGGGAGGUUCCUGUGGGGAAGGAACAGAGCAGCACCGUCCUGACGGGCCUGAGGCCGGGCGUGGAGUACACGGUCCACGUGUGGGCCGAGAAGGGGGACCGGGAGAGCAGGAAGGCCGACACCAAGGCCCCGACAGGUAAUGGAGCGUUGCUCUUUGGGAAUGUAAGACCUGCCCUGCUAAGCCUGUGGCUGGUCAAGUUUAGUUUCCCUGGUGACACUGGCAGAAUCGAUGAGUUACGGAAGGGCAGGGUGGGGUCCCUUAUGAUAGCCUGCAUACCCCGGCCCUCACUUGCCUUUUACACAUUAUCUCAAAAUGAGAAGCUCAUAUUUGGCCUCAUACGUGGAUUUUAUCGGGGUAGUGGGAGGAUAGCUUUCCCCUGUCACGGGCAAGGGGCCUGGAUGCCUGUGUUUUGUGAGCGUGACGGGGCCGCUGGUCUCGCUGAGCGUCAUGGCAUCAGGGACCGAGAAGAGCCACGGGCCCCUUUAGACAGCCUGGGCGAGGCCUGCUCGUCCCCUCUGUGCCGAGGCCACCCUAUGUUGCCACUGGACUUAGAGGAGCUGCAGCUCGGACAAGGGGACCAGAAGUUUGAGUUGCAAGGCCUUGAGCAGGGCGUCACCUACCCCGUCUUCUUGGUUGCCUUUAAGGGUGGUCGCUGGAGCAGGAAUGUAUCCACCAUCCUUUCCACAGUUGGUGCCCGUUUCCCACACCCUUCGGACUGCAGUCAAGUUCAGCAGAACAGCAACGUCGCCAGUGGCCUGUACACCGUCUACCUGCACGGCGACGCCGGCCAGCCCCUGCAGGUGUACUGUGACAUGGACACGGAUGGAGGCGGAUGGACUGUCUUCCAGAGGCGGAACACCGGGCAGCUGGAUUUCUUCAAGCGCUGGCGGACCUACGUGGAAGGCUUUGGGGACCCCAGGAAGGAGUUCUGGCUUGGACUUGACAAGCUGCACAAUCUCACCACUGGCAGCCCUACCCGGUACGAGGUGAGAGUGGACCUGCAGACAGCCAAUGAGUCCGCCUACGCCGUGUAUGACCUCUUCCAGGUGGCCUCCAGCAAGGAGCGCUACAAGCUCACAGUUGGGAAAUACAGAGGCACCGCAGGGGAUGCUCUCACUUACCACAACGGAUGGAAGUUUACAACUUUUGACAGAGACAAUGAUAUCGCCCUCAGCAACUGUGCCCUGACGCAUCAUGGCGGCUGGUGGUACAAGAACUGCCACUUGGCCAACCCCAAUGGCAGAUAUGGAGAGACCAAGCAUAGUGAGGGGGUGAACUGGGAGCCGUGGAAAGGACACGAAUUCUCCAUUCCUUAUGUGGAGUUGAAAAUCCGCCCUCGUGGCUACAGCGGGGAGCACGUCCUGAGCACGAAGAAGCAGAUGCUAGGAGAAACAUCCGAGAACAUUCUGAUGGCCGAUCUGAGCAAUCGUCGCCCGAGGCAAGACCAGCCCUGGGUUGGGGCUGCAUAGCUUGGGGUGAAGUGGAUUGUGGUGACUGGUUAAUGGAAGUUGGAGGGAUGGUCAUAGUCUCUAGUUCCUGAGACGCUGGAUAACCUGCAGGACAAAGAAUGUCAUUGAGUUCCACACCAUAGAGGGUAAUUCCCCGCCACCUGCAUUUUUGCCCAUCCACGAGGUGUGACAAUUAAGUUCGCGAACUUGUUGCAACGAAGUUGCUAACCUCUUUUUUGAUAUCAGAG